GAACAACUUCCGGGUUUAGCUUGUAAGCGGAAAUGUUAAUACGACAGUUUCAUGUGAGUGGUUAUUUGUUGAAAUAAACGGAUAACGAACAGUACUAGUGUUCUGAAAUGGAUAUACUUAAAGCUGAGCUCGCAAGAAAGAGGAAACUUAUCGAAGAAAAACAGCUCAUUGACGACUCCAAAAGAUUCUUCAAAAGGGCUGAUCUGAGACAAAAGGAGCAAGAAGAUUACUUCAGAAGAUCUGGAUAUAAGAUUGAUGAGAAGAAAGAAGAUGAAGCAUCCACCUCAGCUAAUCCAGCGUUAGAACUGGAACUAACAGAAGAGAAGCUGCCAAUGACACUGUCACGACAGGAGGUUAUCAGACGGCUUAGAGAACGAGGAGAACCAAUCCGACUGUUUGGAGAGUCUGACUAUGACGCCUUCCAAAGACUCAGAAAGAUUGAGAUUCUGACCCCAGAAGUAAACAAGGGCUUGAGGAAUGACCUGAAAGCAGCCAUGGAUAAGAUCGACCAGCAGUAUCUGAAUGAGAUUGUUGGAGGAACAGAGCCAGGAGAAUUGGACACACAGCAUGACCUCAAAGUACAUGAAGAAAAUACCACUAUAGAGGAGCUGGAGGCUCUCGGCAAAACCCUGGGCACAGGGGACGAUGACGGCGACCAGGAUUUUCUUCUUGGUGUUUGGGCCAAAGAUCUGAACAGCAGAGAGGACCAUGUGAAGCGAAGCGUUCAGGGCAAACUGGCCAGUGCAACACACUCACAGACUGAGUCUUACCUCAGUCCUCUCUUCAGGAAGCUCAGGAAGAAGAGCUUACCAGCUGACAUUAAAGAGUCAAUCACAGACAUCAUUAAAUUCAUGUUAGAGAGAGAAUAUGUUAAGGCAAAUGAUGCAUAUCUGCAGAUGGCCAUUGGUAAUGCUCCUUGGCCUAUCGGUGUGACCAUGGUGGGUAUCCAUGCCCGUACUGGACGAGAAAAGAUCUUCUCCAAACAUGUGGCUCACGUUCUCAAUGAUGAGACGCAAAGAAAGUACAUUCAGGGACUGAAGAGGCUGAUGACUAUGUGCCAGAAACACUUCCCAACUGAUCCGUCAAAGUGUGUGGAGUACAAUGCUCUUUAACUUGCUUUUUUACCAUAACUUGCGCCAAGGAUGUCAAGUCCAUCAUAUUACAGUCCAACAUGGGAGUUCUUCAUAGCAGCUCAGUUCUGGAUCCUGGCAUGACUAAAGUGCAGUUGUGGCAGAAGUUUUUUACAGUCUUGUAUACUAAAGGCCUUCAAGUACAUAUGCGUUUCACAUGUGGCAUCUGUCUGAGAAAAUGCUGAAUUCACAUAGAAUCUGUGUGUGAGUAAAUCAAGCAGUGUGCAGUGGGUGAAAAUAUCUCAGCUUUAGCUAGAGAACCCUGAACAACACGUGAGUCUUAUUAGACUUGUCCUUGUGAACUAGUGGGAAAACCAAUGCACCUGUUAUUCCAGUAGUUUACACAAGUCUUCAGUCCCUCUGGGAACAUGUAUGUUUAUGGAUGCCCUGGGGAGAACUUCAUUUACUGCUUUUGUACAGUGCUGUGAAAGGCUUACGCAAGUUUAUUGUCAUGGUGUGGGUAGGUUUUUAUUACACCUGAGGUAUUAUAGUUCUUAGAGCUGUCCUUAUAUGCUACAAUCAAUGCAGAUGCAGCUCUAUGUGUAUGUUUGAGUUUUCAUGUUGUCAGCAGAUAAUGAAACCAGUCACUUUGUCCCUGUACCAUCUAGUGUGAGAAAAUAGUGUUGUAUCUUACCAGCUACCAGGGUUUUUUGUGCUGUGAAAAGUACAUUUUCAUUUUCAACAUAUAUUCUUGAGAAAUCCUCUGGUCUGUAGCAGCUGGAUGUGGCUAUUUUUAGACACCAUAAUUGUUUUGUCAUGAGAAGUUAGGGGAACAAUUUGUAAUAAAGGACUCAGCAAAUGUGUCAUGA